AUGGAACAAGAGGAAUACACAAAAGAGCAGAUUGAUUGGAGCUACAUUGAGUUUGUCGAUAAUCAAGAUGUCUUGGACCUUAUCGAAAAGAAACCUGGAGGAAUAAUAGCUCUCCUUGAUGAAGCUUGCAUGUUUCCAAAGUCAACACACGAAACAUUUUCAAAUAAGCUUUAUCAGACAUUUAAAGUUCACAAGCGUUUUAUCAAGCCAAAAUUGUCUCGCACAGAUUUCACCAUCGCUCAUUAUGCUGGAGAGGUCCUGUAUCAAUCAGACCAUUUUUUGGACAAGAACAAGGACUAUGUGGUUCCCGAACAUCAAGAUUUGUUGAGUGCUUCCAAAUGUCCUUUUGUAGCAGGCCUUUUCCCUCAACUUAAAGAGGAGACAAGUAAAUCUUCGAAGUUCUCUUCGAUUGGCUCUCGUUUUAAGCUACAACUACAGCAACUAAUGGAAACAUUGAAUUCUACGGAACCUCACUACAUAAGAUGUGUAAAGCCAAACAAUCUACUAAAACCUGCAAUAUUUGAGAAUGUCAACAUCAUGCAGCAAUUGCGUUGUGGUGGUGUUUUAGAAGCAAUCCGAAUCAGUAUGGCUGGCUAUCCUACUCGCCGUCCUUUCUUUGAAUUCAUAAAUCGAUUUGGACUUCUUGCCCCAGAGGCUUUGGAAGGAAGCUAUGAUGAAAAGUUAGUUUGCAAAAAGAUUUUGGAAAAGAAGGGGCUUCAAGGGUUCCAGAUAGGUAAAACGAAGGUAUUCUUGAGAGCUGGCCAGAUGGCUGAAUUGGAUGCAAGGAGAGCUGAGGUACUCAACAACGCAGCAAAAACCAUCCAGGGCCGCGUGCGGACGCAUUAUGCUCGUAAACGGUUUAUUGCAUUGAGGAAGGCUACCAUAGUGGUGCAAUCACUAUGGAGAGGAAGACUGGCUUGCAAAGUUUAUGAGAGAAUGAGAAGGGAGGCAGCUGCUAUAAAAAUUCAGAAGCAUACACGUAGAUAUGCGACCAGAACAGCCUACAAGAAACUUCAUGUAUCCGCGCUUCUGGUGCAAACAGGUUUAAGGGCAAUGGUUGCUCGCAAGGAAUUCAGAUUUAGGAAGCGAUCUAAAGCUGCAGCCAUUAUUCAGGCCCGAUGGCACUGUCACAAAGCUGCUUCCUACUACAAGAGGCUAAAGAGAAGUGCAGUUGUCACGCAAACGGGAUGGAGGUGUAGAGUUGCUAGGAGAGAGCUAAGGUUGCUCAAAAUGGCUGCAAGAGACACAGGUGCACUAAGAGAAGCCAAAGAUAAGCUUGAAAAACAUGUAGAGGAACUCACAUGGCGUUUGCAGCUGGAAAAACGUUUAAGGACUGAUUUGGAAGAAGCCAAAUCACAAGAGGCAGUGAAAUUCCAGAAUUCAUUGGAAGAAAUGAAAAACAAAUUAGAAGAAGCCAAUGCAUUAAUAGUCAAGGAGAGGGAGGCUGCAAAGAAGGCUAUUGACGACGCACCUCCUGUAAUUAAAGAAACUCAAGUACUUGUUGAAGAUACUAAGAAAAUUGAUUCUCUAACCGAAGAAGUAGAAAACCUGAAGGUCACUUUAGAUUCUGAGAAACAAAGAGCUGAUGAUACUGAAAAGAAAUACAGUGAAGUACAAGAGAUUAGUGAAGAAAGACGAAAGAAAUUGGAAGAAACAGAGAAAAAGGUUCAACAACUCCAGGAAUCCUUUCAAAAGCUAGAAGAGAAACUUACCAAUUUAGAGUCAGAGAAUCAAGUCCUAAGGCAACAGGCUCUGUCCAUGGCGCCCAACAAGUUCCUCUCAGGACGCUCCAGAUCAAUUAUGCAGAGGGUUGAAAGUCAUAUUCCAGUUGAUGCUGCAAGAGCAAGUUUGGAUCUUCAGAGUCCUUCAAUGAACCACAGGGAGCACUCUGAAGUAGAUGAUAAGCCACAGAAGUCAUUAAAUGAGAAACAACAGGAGAACCAGGAGUUGCUCAUUCGUUGUGUUGCACAACACCUAGGGUUUUCAGGGAACAGACCUAUCGCUGCUUGUAUGAUAUACAAGUGCCUUUUGCAGUGGAGAUCAUUUGAAGUAGAGCGAACUAGUGUGUUUGAUCGGAUCAUUCAGACCAUAGGCCAUGCAAUUGAGAGUUUCCGUGGAACUCCACAAGGAGUCAAUCUAUCCUUAAUCAAUGGGGGCAUUAAUGGUGGAGUGGACACGCUGCGGCAAGUUGAAGCCAAGUAUCCAGCUUUGCUUUUCAAGCAGCAGCUUACAGCAUAUGUAGAGAAAAUUUAUGGAAUGAUUCGGGAUAAUCUGAAGAAAGAAAUCUCUCCUUUGCUUGGAUUAUGCAUCCAGGCACCAAGAACAUCCAGAGCAAGCUUAGUGAAGGGGGCACGUUCAGUUGCCAACACUGCAGCUCAGCAAGCUCUGAUUGCUCACUGGCAAGGAAUUGUGAAGAGCCUUGGAAACUUCUUAAACACUUUGAAAACAAAUCAUGUACCCCCAUUUUUAGUUCGUAAGGUGUUCACUCAGAUAUUUUCCUUCAUCAAUGUUCAACUAUUCAACAGUCUUUUAUUAAGAAGAGAAUGCUGUUCCUUUAGUAAUGGUGAAUAUGUUAAAGCUGGGUUGGCGGAAUUGGAACAUUGGUGUUACAAAGCAACGGAUGAGUAUGCAGGUUCAGCCUGGGAUGAGCUUAAGCAUAUUAGACAGGCUAUAGGGUUUCUGGUCAUUCAUCAAAAGCCUAAGAAAACAUUGGAUGAAAUAAGCCAUGACCUGUGCCCGGUUCUGAGUAUCCAGCAGCUAUACAGGAUCAGUACCAUGUACUGGGACGACAAGUAUGGCACACAUAGUGUGUCCACGGAUGUUAUAUCCAACAUGAGGGUGUUGAUGACAGAAGAUUCAAAUAAUGCCGUUAGUAAUUCCUUCCUGUUGGAUGAUGAUUCAAGUAUUCCAUUUUCAGUUGAUGACUUAUCAAAGUCCAUGGAACAAAUUGAUAUCGCUGACAUUGAACCACCACCUCUGAUUCGUGAGAACUCAGGCUUUAGUUUCUUGCUGCCGCGAGUUGAUUAA